GUCUGGACAGGUGUGACUUCUGCGUCACAUCGGCAAUGGGCGACUCUUUUCAGGCUCAUUCUUGUCUAUGUUCCAUGCUCAAUGUGUGUUCAAUUCAGCGGUGAUGUGAAAUCGGCGAGCUGCACAGAAACGCAACUCAGGAGUAUCACUCUAAAGGCUCAGAGGUUGAGAUUUAGCUGCAGCAGUCACCGGCUCAUAGGGACUGAGAGGACGUCUCAAACCAGAGCACGCCUUGAGUGGCGGGUGAGAUGACACGCCCCCACCGGAUCGCCUCGCUCAGCCUCCCACUCUGGUGGCUAUUACUGACACAUGUAUACAGAGAGGAAGUUCAAGGGGAUCAGAUCUCUGAGGACUGUGCCGGUCAGCGCAACCGAAGCUUGUGCCCGUGUGUUCCAAUAAAAGGUUCCAGGGGGUCUCCUGGUGCUGUGGGGGAAACGGGUAGAGACGGGGCUGCAGGUCCACCAGGACCUCAGGGAAAACGUGGACAGAAAGGACGGCGUGGAACUGAAGGAAUUCUGGGAGAUAUUGGACCAAAAGGAGGCAUAGGCAUUCAAGGAAUAGAAGGAUUCAGUGGAGAAGAUGGACAACCUGGUCUUGACGGACCAGCUGGCCCUCGCGGUCUUCCAGGAUUAGACGGCUGUAAAGGAGACAAAGGAGAUAAAGGAUCCAUUGGCUGUCGAGGACCAAAUGGUGCAAAUGGACCAUCAGGUUGUAAAGGACCAAAGGGACCCAAAGGAAACCCCACAUGCAAAUAUGUCAUGAUUCCUGGUCAACCUGGUUGUGAUGGACCUCCUGGUGAACCUGGACCUCCUGGACUUUGUGGACAUUGUGGCCAAGCAGGUGCCCCGGGGAAGCCUGGAGAACCUGGAUCAUCAGGUGAAAAUGGUGCUCCAGGUGGCCGAGGGCCUCCGGGAGACCAAGGAAAACCGAUUCUUGGAGAAACUGGAGAAGUGGGAGAUCCAGGGCCACCAGGUUCUCCAGGCCCACAUGAAUUUAUUGAGCCCUCAGAAAAAUAUUUCCCCAGAGGAGACAAGGGGGAAAAAGGACCUGCUGGAGAAUGUGGAUUGCCUGGAUGUAAUGGAACGGUCGGACCUCAGGGGGACACAGGAGAGAAAGGUAUCACAGGUUGUCAAGGAUCUACAGGACAAAAUGGCUAUCCUGGGCUCUCUGGCAUACGAGGAAUUCCGGGUGAAAAAGGACAGCCUGGAUGCCCCGGUCUAUAUGGCUACCAAGGACUAAAGGGACUUGCAGGCGAUUCUGGUCUACAAGGGGAAACAACAUAUUACUCUUGUGCAGCAGGACAACUUGGUAAGAAAGGUCCUCCUGGGGCCCCCGGUAUCAAAGGAAGCAUGGGAGUUAUGGGCCUGCCCGGUCCUCCUGGUCCACCAGGAGAUUCUUUGCCAGGUCUUCCAGGCAGUCCAGGGAAAUUGGGUACUCAAGGCCCUCAAGGUGAUAAAGGAGAGCCAGGAAAGACAUCCAACCAGCAGAUCCCAGGAGAGCCUGGGAAACCGGGGGCGCCAGGGCAAAAAGGACUUCAAGGGGCUCCUGGCCCCCCUGGAUACUACAACACCCUUGGACAAAGAGGAGUUCCUGGUAUCGAAGGAGAUAAAGGUCCACCUGGUCUAAGUGGUAUUCCUGGAAGAAAAGGUGAUAUUGGUGGCUGUGCUUGUGAGGCCAGUCCUGAUAUUUUUGGCCAUCCAGGUUUGCCAGGGGAACCUGGGGAACCCGGUGCUCCAGGACUGCAUGGGUUUCCUGGUGCACGAGGUGAAACUGGCCCUGAUGGAGAUCCUGGGGGAAAAGGAUGUGAUGGUUAUAUGGGUUUUCCAGGUCAGAGGGGAAUUAAAGGAGAAAAAGGAAACCUGUGUGUAAUGAACAUCAAGGGUAAAAAGGGAGAUUGUGGCCAGCCAGGGACUUGUGGUUUUCGAGGAACGAAUGGCAAGACAGGGAAUUGUGGGAAUCCUGGACCUGCAGGUGACUGUGGUGCAGAGGGUGACAGUUUUUGUGGAUUUCCUGGUGAUAGAGGUUGUCCAGGAAACAUGGGCUUAAAAGGCCCAGAAGGUCCCUGUGGACCACAAGGCACAGGCAUUCCAGGGCCAGUAGGCCAUCGAGGACAAGAAGGUGACCAGGGACCUACAGGACUAAGAGGAAAUGUUGGGCGUAAAGGAAACAAAGGUGAUAUGCAGCCCUGUAUACCCGGCAGUCCUGGAGUCCGUGGAUCGAAGGGAGAGCAUGGUGACAUAGGUUGCUUAGGAGAGCAGGGUGAUCCAGGGCCUCGUGGGGAUGAUGGAAUUAAAGGACCACAGGGAGAGAAAGGAAACCUUGGAAAUCCUGGUCCUGAUGGCCCUACAGGGUUAUGUGGGUCUCAGGGGGAUCCAGGGGAUGUUGGACCAGAUGGCUUGAGUGUCUGUGGGGAGCCAGGAAUACCUGGCAUUCCAGGACCCCCUGGGUUAAAAGGAUGCAUUGGAGACUCAUUGGUAGGAGAUCGAGGGCCAGUGGGCCCCUCUGGGUUUAAUGGUUCUUCAGGAGCUAAAGGAGUCCCUGGAGCCCCAGGGUGCCUUGGUAAAGAAGGCCGUCCUGGUGUAUCUGGAGCUCGAGGUAGAAAAGGAGUGCUAGGAGCACAUGGUCAGCCUGGGAGACAGGGGUCUGUUGGCCCAUGUCCAGUACAUUGUGAGUGUGGAGCAGCGGGUGAGCGAGGACCACCAGGAGACCCCGGACAUUGUGGAAAUCCAGGUGAACGUGGGGAGAAGGGAUGUGCUGGACCACCUGGCCUUCCUGGAGAGGGGCGAAAAGGUGAUAUAGGGAAACCAGGCCAACCAGGUGCCCGGGGAUACUGUGGCCUUCAGGGAUGCCCAGGAUUAGAUGGUGAACCUGGGGAUGCUGGUUGUAUUGGACUGAAAGGUUGUCCUGGACAACCAGGAAGGGACGGCUUGCCUGGCUGCCUAGGUGAGUGUGGAGGGCAAGGACCAUCUGGAGUAAAAGGCGAGAAUGGGUCCCUUGGAAGGCAAGGUUGUCCGGGGGACAAUGGAGAAAAAGGAGAGAAAGGUUCCCGUGGAGUUUGUGGGAUGCCAGGAGAAAUUUACGUCAAUGCUGAGAAGGGGAAGAAGGGGAAAUUAGGAGGGCAUGGGCCCUGCGGGUUUUCUGGUCCCCGAGGUGAUAAAGGUGUGAAGGGAGAAUAUGGUCCAGAUGGCUAUCCAGGGUAUCCUGGACCUCCAGGUUUUGAAAAUGGCCCUCGGGGGCCACCAGGUCUCUGUGGAAAACCAGGUGAACAUGGACCUAAGGGUCUUAAAGGAUUAAGAGGCGAAAACGGAUUACCUGGUACAUGUGGAGAUCCAGGUGACCCAGGGUUGAGUGGAUCUGCAGGAGCCCCUGGUCUCCCUGGACUUGAUGGGCCUAAAGGUGAUAAAGGAGAUUCUAUAAGUAUACCAGGACUUCCAGGUCUGAGAGGCCCAUCUGGACAAAAUGGCUUCCCAGGUCCUACAGGAGAUCAAGGAGAGGCAGGAGAGGGCGGUUCACCUGGUCAGUGUGGAUGGCCUGGCAAACCUGGUCCUUUUGGAAAUCAGGGACCGUGUGGAUGUCCAGGUGUUGUUGGUCCCCCAGGACCCAGAGGAAAAUGCGGCCCUGAGGGUCCUUCAGGACCUCCUGGACCCUCUGGACAAACUGGACCAUCAGGCCACUGUGGCCCACCAGGUUCUUCCGGUCCACCAGGUCUGCAUGGACUGGAUGGAUUAGAGGGUGUGAAGGGUGAACCAGGAACACAUGGGCUAGGUAUACCUGGGGACAUAGGGCCCAAUGGACUGACAGGUGAAAAAGGUUGGAAGGGAGACCCUGGGCCACAGGGUCCUAUCAAGCAAGGGGUCAAAGGCUGUCGGGGCCCACCUGGAUUUCGAGGUGACCCUGGGUUUCCUGGUUUUCCUGGUGCUAGAGGCAAGGAAUGUGAGAAACCUGCACGAGGACAGUCUGGUGAACAAGGCUUUAUUGGUUUGGAUGGCUCAUCAGGACUCAGAGGACCAAUGGGACCAGCAGGCCUGGCAGUACCUGUGCGGGGGGAUGAAGGGGACCCAGGUACACCAGGUCUUCCUGGAAGUAAAGGGAGAAUAGGUGAUCAAGGUCCCAGAGGGCAAAUGGGGCUUUCAGGCCACCAAGGAGGGAAAGGUGCUAAAGGAGACCCAGGGUUUAUUGGAGAUCCUGGACCUUCUGGCUUACCAGGAGCAAAUGGCUAUCCUGGGAGUAAGGGCCCUAAAGGACCACAAGGAGAGCAAGGUUCCUUUGGAAUAGCAGGACAAAUUAUUUACCUUCAAACCCCCAGACCAAUUCAAGGUCCAGCUGGGCUUCCUGGUCCUCCUGGUGAACCUGGCUUUCCAGGACCUACAGGAAUUGUGGGCCAAGCGGGGCUAAGAGGAAGAAAAGGCCAAGUGGGAGAUCAAGGUUUGGAAGGUGAACCUGGACGACCUGGCUUUAUUGGAGUUCCUGGAGACCCAGGAAUUGACGGUGCCAGAGGUUCCCAAGGCAUUCAAGGACAACAAGGACUUCCAGGAGAUGAAGGUCCCCCUGGCCCCUCUGAGAGGUUCAGCUCUGGCUUCCUGUUGGUCAUUCACAGCCAGUCAACAUAUGUACCUAAAUGUCCUUUAAAUAUGUCCAAGCUGUGGGAAGGAUAUAGCCUCCUGUACCUGGAGGGGCAAGAGAAAGCACACACACAAGAUUUAGGUCAGGGAGGUUCAUGUAUGCGUGUCUUCAGCACUAUGCCCUUUUCACGCUGCAACCUGCAGGCCUGCCACUAUGCCAACCGCAACGACAAAUCCUACUGGCUUGCCACCACUGCUUCAUUACCCACCACACCAGUGUCUGGGCUGGAAAUCCAGCCUCACAUCAGCAGGUGUGUGGUGUGUGAGGCUCCAUCGUCGGCCAUUGCCGUUCACAGCCAGGACACAGCCAUACCCAGCUGCCCGCCGAACUGGAUGAAACUUUGGAUUGGAUAUUCAUUCCUUAUGCACACUGGGUCAGGAGAUGAAGGAGGCGGCCAGUCUCUCACAUCGUCAGGAAGUUGCCUACAGGAUUUCCUCACACAUCCGUUUGUGGAGUGCCAGGGCCCACAAGGCACAUGUCACUACUUCUCCAACCUCUACAACUUUUGGCUCACGCGUGUGGACGAGGAGGACUUCAGCAUCAGCCCGGAAACCAUGACCCUAAAAGGAGCAGCCGAGCAACGUGAUAACAUUAGCCGAUGCAGCGUCUGCUUAAGGGUGUGAGGCCGUUCCAGGUUGUAAUGCUUCAGUCUGGGAUGGUCUCGCACUUUCCUGUGUGAUCCAACGGAGGUUGUGGAUUCAUAAAAACUCAUAUGGAAAAAUAAGAAAGAAGCGAACAGUUUGUGAUGAUUCACACUGAAGUGCAACUGUGAAAAAGUUUUGUAUACACUUAAUACUUGAGAGUUCAAGCAGAGUUUUAUAUCUAAUGUUACUGAUGGCCUGGUCUCAUGUUAUUGGCUGAUUUAAAAAAAAUGAAUUAGUCAGUUGUUGAUGGUGAAUUUCACAAAAUGUUUAACAUCAAAACACUGUACUUUAUCUGUUUACUAUCUGUGCAGCCAUUCUGAAAGAUGGAGUGCAUUGCAUAAGUAUUCACCCCCCUUUUUAUUGUAUUACAGCCUGGAACUGAAAUGGACUUCACUGAGAUUUUUACAUGUGUUUCUCUAACAUUUAUAAGUACAAACUAUUUACACCGAUCAGGCAUAACAUUAUGAGCACUGAGAGGUGAAGUGAAUAAGACUGAUGAUCUCCUCAUCAUGGCACCUGUUAGUGGGUGGGAUAUAUUAGGCAGCAAGUGAACAUUUUGUCCUCAAAGUUGAUGUGUUAGAAGCAGGAAAAAUGGACAAGCGUAAGGAUUUGAGCGAGUUUGACAAGGGCCAAAUUGUGAUGGCUAGACGACUGGAUCAGAGCAUCUCCAAAACUGCAGCUCUUGUGGGGUGUUCCCGGUCUGCAGUGGUCAGUAUCUAUCAAAAGUGGUCCAAGGAAGGAACAGUGGUGAACCGGUGACAGGGUAAUGGGCAGCCAAGACUCAUUGAUGCACGUGGGGAGUGAAGGCUGGCCUGUGUGAUCCGAGCUACUGUUGUUCAAAUUGCUGAAGAAGUUAAUGCUGGUUCUGAUAGAAAGGUGUCACAGUGCAUGACGGGUCAGGGCUGGUUUGGCAGCAAAAGGGGGACCAACACAAUAUUAGGCAGGUGGUCAUAAUGUUAUGCCUGAUUGGUGUAUAUUGUCACCAAGUAAACAAAAACCAGACAUUUGCUGUUUACUCAAUCUGAGAUAAUACCAGGUAGAACGGUAGAACCUUUAGCUACAAUAACUAGCUCUUGAACAUUUUUACCUUUAAUCUCAAACAAAAUUGCAAAAGCGUCUGUCAGAUUGGAUGGAAACCAUUAACAAGCAGCAGUUCUCAUAUCUAGCCACCGAAUCGUAAUAGGAUUGAUGCAUUCUGGUCUGGUGCAUUCUAACAUAUUCAGGUUCUUGGUUUUGAACCAUUCUAGCAUAGCUUUGGCAGUACACUUGGGAUUAAUUUCUUGUUAGAAGGUGAAUCUCCACUCCAGUCUAAAGUAGACUGGGACAGUUUGUCUUCUCCUUUCAUUUGGCUCCAUCCAGCUUGUCCUAAACCCUGGCUAUUUCCCUAAUCACUGCUGAUCCACAAUGUAGUGCUACCACCACCAUGCUUCUGGCUAGUGUUCUCAGGGUGAUGAGCAGUAGUGGGUUUCUGCUAACCCUAAUGCAGAGAAGAUUUUUCCACAGUUACUAAGGCGCUGGUGUACAUUUAUAUGACCUUUUCUCUUCUCACUGGAUUUAUGCAAGGCAUUUUAACAUUUUACUAAUUCUUAUAACAAGAAUAGAAAAGUAUAAGAUUAUUUCUAGAUUAAGAUUAAGUGCCAAAGGGAACACUGUGAUAACAGCCACUUUUACUGUGGGUUCAGUCAUAUGGCUUCACCACCGGAAUAAAAAAUGAAUGGUGUUAAAUAUCAUUAAAUGACAUUUGCAUCUACUGAGUAUCAAACACUCAGUUUCUAUUUAAUCACUAACUUUAUUUUCUCUCACUUUUUAGCUUAUAGCUGUCUGUCAAUAAUGGUAUCCAUGUGCAUCAUUACUGUUUACGUAAAUAUUCAUGCUUCAUGGCUGCAUUUAACGGCACAUUUCAAUAUUUGCACUUCACUGGAAUUGGUUCGUAUGUUUAGAUGCUCAAGUGGAACUUCAUAUUGGAAAAAUUCAUAUUCACUGGAGGCUUCAUAUCUGUUUGUGUUUCUGUAACUAAUCACUAAACCAGACUAACUCCUUCACCCAAGACAUUUUAAUCUGACUGCAGAAAAGGAAAUAAUCUAAGGCAUUAUGCAUUCUACUGUGUGUAAAUAUAUUUCGGUGAUUCUUUUAUCCUUUUUUAAUUUAUUUAGAAAGAGGUUAUUCAGUACAGAAGCCCUGAAGCAAAAGAUGUUGGGGAAUCAUUUUGAUGGCGAUGGUGCUGAUAAAUGGAUUUUCAGGAAUUUGUUCCCAAUCUAAACAUUUUGUUGAAGAAAAAAAGUCGACAUAAUGACAUGCACUGUAUCACCAAACGUUUGAGGACACCUGAACACCGCACCCAUAUUUCCCACAUAUUAUUUGUAUUCUGUAGCAUAUCUGUAACAAUGUACUUCGGAUACGAUUUCUCGUUAAAAUAUUUCAGGAACGUUUCACUGAACUCUCGCUCUGAAUGAGUCGCGUGUUUCUUGUCUCCUAGCUAACUGUCAUGUACGCGUACGAGUCACAGGAAAUAUUUUAGUUUGCAUCGACCCAGCUUUUCUAGCUACCCUAGCUAUCCAUAGUAUCUGUUAAACAGCAUUCUAGCAUUUGUUGCUUGCACAAGGUGAACACUGAGCAGUUGCUGCAGCUCCAAUAAAUGUUUCGAGAGUCUCCUUUGUGUGCU